UUUUUAAUUUUUAUUUCUAAACCAAAAAUUAGAGGUUAAUAUUAGUAAAAAAAACAGAAAAAAAGAGAGGGAACAGAGAGGAGGGGCUUUUGGGGUUUUGGGUUGUGGAGUUUGAAGAGGAAAAGGGAGGGUUUUUACGUUUUUUUGAGUGGUUGAGUUGGGAAAAUUUUCUGGGAAUCAGAAAGAGAAUUCAGAGAAUGGGGAGGCAAGGCGAUUUGUGGGACGAUUCAGCUCUAAUCAAUGCCUUCGACGAUGCUAUCUCCAGCUUUAAGAAAAUGCACAGCAAAAAAUCCAAUGAUGGUUUAACCGAUAAAGGAGAAGAUCAUGUUCAUGUCCUUGCUGGUGUUGGUGAUACUGAACAGGCAACAAGACAAGCUGAUACAAAUGAGGAAACAAAUUUUGCAUCAGAUACUGCCGCAGAAGUGGGGCAGAGCAGUAAUCUCUCUGUUGCCAAAGAAAAUCAUUGUGUAGGUCCAAAUGUACAUGAGUCCUCUACACAAGGUGCUGAGGAGGUGCAGAACAUCAACUCGCAUUCACAAGGGGCAGAAGAAUAUAACCGGUUACUCAACCAGUAUUAUCAGCUGGAGGAGAAGAGACAAAAGAUUUUAGAGCAGCUUCAUCAAUUUGGUAGUUGGAAUUACCAAUAUUCUGGUGAAGGUUCUGGUUAUGGUACUUAUCAAGAGCAUUCAUUGUCUGCAAACCAAUCUUGCAAUCCAAAUGUUGUCUGUUCUUGUUGCCCAUAUGGUUGUCAAGGUGCAGUAGCACCAUGCACUUCAGCUCCAGCUUGUUGCUUGGGCGGACCUUAUGCUUGUAACUCCUGUCCGGAUGCCUCUGCGGUAACAGAUCCUGGGAGGUCCUUCCCUCUUGAGGAUGGUGACAUUGUCAAAACAGCAAUGGGAGCUGCAGAAAGAGCUAUAUCUUCUAUGAAAAUGAAAAGUUCUGGAGAUUUUAAUGCAGAUGAAGCAAGCAAAGAGGAAGAAAAAGAAAAAGGGAAGAAUGAAAGGGUAAUGGUCCAAAGUACCAGCUCAGAGACUGAUCUCUCUGUUCUCUUAAAUGCUUGGUAUUCUGCAGGCUUUUAUACUGGAAAGUAUCUUGUGGAGCAGAAUAUUGCAAAAAGAAGGCAGAAUUGAGCGUUCUCCAACUACAUAUAGCAGAAGCAAUAUGUUUGUUCUAACAAAGUUGUUCUAAUAUACAAUAUAAAAAUUGUAGUUAUCAUAUACCUGAUCAUAAUUUAUGAGCUAUGAGCGAUUUUUGCUUACAAGUCUCCUGUUUUAGGUUGUUAUUUUAUUUUAUUUUAUUUUUCUGUUUACUUUUUGGCUAAAAAUCUUUAAGUAAGCCGAAUUUGUUCAGGGUGAAUAUAUAUAUUUUUAGAUGCCAAUUUGUUAGCAUCACGCAUUAUGUU